AUGCCAUUACGUGCAGGAGUAAUGAAAGAGUCUCAUACCCCAUGGGUCGAUAACCUGGUAGUGGUCCGUGAAAAAGAGUAUUCUCUUCGAGUAUGCCUUGACAUGCGACGUCCAAUCAGCGCUGUCACCUGCAAACCCUACCCGAUCCAUACCCGGUACCGCGUGUCGACGUGGUACCGCAGGAAAGAAGAGGAGAUAGGGGAGUACCAGUUUCACACAACAGUAGACCUGGCGGGUGGAUAUCUUCAGCCGCCCCUCGAUGAGGAAAGCAGUUAUAAGUGUGGCGUGGUUACUGUAAAUAAGGUAUACCAGAUGACCCACCUCCCUUUCGGACUGAAAGCGGCGGGCAGUUAUUUCGCACGUAAUAUGGCAGAAGUACUGGGAAUUAAAAAUAUACUGUCGCGAUUGCGCCAGUUCCGCCUUGAAGCAUCACCUAAGAAAUGCGUCUACGCCAGAAACCAAAUUACCUUCUUGGGCCACGUUAUAUAUGAGAAUAGCUACUCCCCGGUGAAGCAAAUACGAGAGCAGUUCGCAAGUUCCUUACGCCCCGUAACGUCAAAGAGGUGA